AUGAAGGUAUCAAUACAGGCUGUGGCAGUGUGGGGAAAAAGAGCUCCCUCUCAUAGCAUCACUGCCAUUAUGAUUACAGAUGACCAGCAGACAAUUGUUACAGGAAGUCAAGAAGGACAAAUAUGUCUCUGGGAUCUUUCAUCAGAAUUAAAGAUUUCAUCUAAGGAAAUUCUGUUUGGCCAUACUGCUUCUGUAACUUGUUUGGCAAAGGCAAGAGACUUUGAGAAACAGCCAUAUGUAGUAAGUGCUGCUGAAAAUGGGGAGAUGUGCGUUUGGAAUGUUGCUAGUGGACAGUCUAUUGAGAACGCAAAGCUUCCUUAUAGGCACACAGCAAUCUGCUAUUACCAUUGCUCAUUCCGAAUGACAGGUGAAGGCUGGCUUCUUUGCUGUGGAGAAUAUCAAGAUGUUCUUAUUAUUGAUGCUAAGACUUUGGAUGUUCUUCACACUUUAACAUCUCAGUCUUCCGAUUGGAUCAAUUGUUUGUGUAUUGUUCACUCUACAAGAAUUCAAGAAGACUCAUUGGUUGUAGUGUCUGUAGCUGGAGAACUUAAAGUAUGGGACCUAUCUUCAUCCUUGAAUAGCAUACAGGAGAGGCAGUGUGUGUGUGAGAGGGAAUCCAAAUCUCUGGACUGUAUAAACUGCCAAGCAAUACGGUUUUGCACUUACACAGAAAGACUUCUUCUAGUUGUGUCCUCCACGUGCUGGCAGGUCUAUGAUUAUUGUGACUUUUCUUUGCUAUGUACUGAAUUCUGCAAAAGCGGUGAGUGCUUUGCUGGUGGAGAAGUACUAGCAGCUUACAGACUUAUCAUCUGGACAGAAGAUGGUCACAGUUACAUUUACCAGCUGCUGAACAGCGGGCUUUCUAAAAGCAUAUAUCCUGGUGAUGGAAGAGUGCUGAAAGAAACUGUUUAUCCUCAUUUACUCUGCUCUACUGGUGUGAGAGAAAAUAAGAGUUUCCCUUUUGUUAUGGGCUUCAUGAAUGAAAGGAAAGAGCCUUUCUAUAAGGUUCUUUUUUCUGGUGAAGCUUCAGGAAGAAUCACUUUGUGGCAUGUUCCUGAUGUCCUUGUUUCAACGUUUGAUGGUUCACCAAAAGAGAUCCCCAUUACAGCAACUUGGACUCUUCAGGAUAAUUUUGAUAAACACCAUUCAAUGUCAGAGGGCAUUAUUGAUCAUCUCUGUGCAUCUGAAGAUGGGAGUGAAAGUGCGCUCAUCAGUUCCUCUGCAUACAUACCCAGUCUCGAUAAGCUGGUUUGUGGGUGUGAAAAUGGGAAAAUUUUUGUAACUCUAGCUUUAAAAACUGCAAGAGCAAGACUUUUAGAAAACAUAUCCUUGCUGAAAGAUAAUCUACCUUACAAAGUUCUGAAUGGUCAUCGUAGCAGAGUCACUUGUUUACUUUAUCCGCAUGAUAAAUCAGCCAGGUUUGAUCCAAGCUGGUUGUUAUCAGGAGGCCAGGAUUCUGUUGUGAUCUGCUGGGAUAUAUUUACUGGGGAAAUUUUACACCAGUUUACUCUGCAAUCUGGUCCAGUGACAGAGCUGUUGCGACCUCCAGAAAACUGCAGAUUAAAAGAUCACAGCAUUGUGUGCUGUGUGUGCAGGGAUCAUUCAGUAGCAAUUCUACACCUUCAGGAGAGAGUGUGUCUCUUCCAUGCCAGAAAGCAUCUGUUUCCUGUGAAGAUGAUAAAAAUCGACCCUGUUGAGAAUCUCCUAAUUGUUGGAUGUGAAGAUGAUUCAGUUUAUAUUUGGGAAAUUGAAACAGGUACGCUAGAACGGCAUGAAACAGGUGAAACGGCAAAAGCAAUUCUUUCUUCCAUUGAAGAUUCAGAAUAUUUAGUGGCAGGUGCUCUACUUCCUGGAUCUCAGGAUUCAAAAAAGCAUAAAGAUACUGGAUACAAAUCCUCUAGCUCUUACAAGCAUGACGUGAUCUCUUACAACGUUACUCACACAGAGAAAUCUUCUGAUAAGCUAACUGAUACUGGCCACAUCCAACAGUUCUUUACCAUUUUACCGGUUAAGACAAAAUGGAACAAUGCAAAUUUUCAUAUUCUCUUAUUUGAUCCGGGAAGGCUUGCCGAACUUCUGCUGUCAUCUCAACUCAGUGGACUAAAGCCAUCAAAUUCAUUCCACGACUAUGACACCCUACAAAGAGCCAAAAGUACUGCUGAAAAAAAGGCAUUGACAUUAAAAAGAAACAAAACUGCUGGCUCCAUAUGUCUGGUGGAUGGGCAAGUAGAUACUGUUUGUUCAAACCAGGUCCAUAGAGAUAACGUAGUUAGGCCUUUGGAAGAAAGUGGUGGCAUGAAAAGACAGAAAAAAGUGAAGAGUUCGAGAAAAAAUAGAGCACAUUCACCAGGAAACGUUGAUGUGAACAUCACCACAGAUACAGCUAAACUGCUUUUGUCAUGUCUCUUACCGUGGGGUGUAGAUAAGGAAAUAGACAAUCUUUGUAUUAGCUACUUAGAUAUCUUGAAGCUCCAGUGUCCAGUCUCUUUUGGACUUGUGUCAAAUGAAAAUCACAUAUCCUUAAUGCUGCCAGGAUGGAAUUGUACUGGUUGUGGUGUGCUAGAGGAGCACACAGUAAUCAACUUGUUUUCAAAAAGAGUGCUUGAUUUGUCAAACAAGUACCUUUCUGCAACUGAAGGACAAACUGGAAAAAAGGAUGGACCAGAGAAUAAUAUUUAUGGAACACAGCGAUCAGAAACUGUGUUUUUAUUAAGCAGAAUAGCUUUGAUCAACAGGAUAAUUAACAUGCCUUUGGAAGUAACAAGUGAAAUGGAAAGUCCACGGAAAUCAGAAUCUGUACACAACAAGUGGCGAAACAUGGAAGCAGUCAGCUCUUUGUUCCCAGACUUACCAAGCAGUAAAAGUAGAUCUUAUUCCCCUGAUUUUGGGAAUAUUUCACUGAUGAAACUCAUUUUUUGUUGGAGUGACCAAUCUAUAAAGAUUAUUGAGGCAAUACAAGCGAUGCUGCUGGCAGAAGUUCAAAGGACUAUGAAAACCUUGAGAAAGACGUCAGUCUGCAGAGAGCCACUGCCCAUACUAGAGAAUGGAAAUGUCAGUGUGCUGAAAAAUGGCAGGAGCUCAAACUCAGCAGACUUCCAAGAUGUGGAGGAUACACCUGACCGAUGUGUCUUGGAAGAGUCUGAGAGUCCAGAUGACAUGAAGCCACAUCCUUGGAUAUCUAAAGUGUGUUCCUGCAAGGUGUGUUAGAAAACCCUGCUUAGCCAAAAGAAUUAGAAGAUACACAAGAGCACAAGGAAUACAAAAGAAAUAGGAAAUACAUGACGUGGAUAUGGAGCAGA